AACACAUUGUAUAUGAACGGGCACAUUUUUUUGCUGGGUGGAAAAUCGAAUCAUUUUUUUUUCGAUCCCGAAAAAAUAUUCGAAAAAUUUUUUUGCAAUUUGAAAAAAACGAAAAAAUUCCCCCUUUGAAUUAUGUCUGAAGAAAUUUCGAUCAAUCCUGAUGAAACGGCUUCGAUGGCGACAAACGAUCAAAAUGAAAUUGAAUCAUCAAAACAUCAAGAUGAUGAUCAAACGGCAAGUCAAAACGAAACAAAUCGAAAUGAUGACCCGAAACCAGAAAAAAUAAUCGAACAAAAUAUGAAUGAAUUAUUUUCAACAUUACAACCAUUCAUAUUGAAAUUGGAUGAACAAAUAAUGGCUGUUAAACAAUCACAGCAACUAUUAAAUGAUGAACUUUCAUGUUUAUUAUCAAUAUUGGAUCAAAUUAAAUCCAAUUCAUCCGGCAACGAUAAUAAUCAAAAUGGUGAUGAUGAUCGAAAAAAAUCAAACAAUGAUAAUCAAUCGGUGUUUAUCUAUCCGAAACGUAUGUUUCAAUCCGGUAACGAUGGUAACAUUGGUGAUGGCGAUGAUCUUUCCAUCGAUAUUGAAACAAAAAGUCGUCGAUUAUUGGGAUUGAAACGACGAUUAACAUUAAUAAAUUCUAUAUUACAAACAGUAAAUAGUCGGGUGAAAAAAUUAUUAUUAUCAUAUGAUUCAAGAAUUUUACGACAUCAACAACAAUAACAAUUAUCAUCAACAACAAAUGUGGCUAAUUAAUUAAUUAAUUAAAAUAUGAUAAGAUAAUCUGGUCAAUCAACCCUGAAAAAGAUAAUUAUUUUUUUA